AUGGAAUUUGAAGCCAAGUCUGCAAGGGAUGGUGCAUGGUAUGACAUCUCAACCUUCCUAUCGCAUAGGUCUUUAGAGACAAGUGAUCCGGAAGGAAAAGAGCAGACCCUCUACUUCGAUGCACAAAGGCGGAGGCAUGAUGUAAGAGGUUGUCAUUGUAGAUUUCUGGUGCGAUAUGACCAUGAUCAGGCUGAGAUUGCAGGAAUUUCAUGCGGGUCAGCAUCUGCUGGAAACCCACAGAUAGCAACUGUUGCUGGAACGCCCCAAAAGCAGCCCAAGCCAGAGGAUGCCGCAGGCAUUGGAGCCACAUCAGCUUCUGUCCCUCGUACCAAUAUUUCUUCAUCUGAUUAUAGGUUGCAGGAACUUCAUGCUGAGUCUGCAUCUGCUGGGAAUGCACAGAUAGCAGGUUCCAUUGCAACCCCUCAAAAACAGCCCAAGCCAGACUGCCAGAGGAGCCUGCAGGCACCGAAGCCACAUCUGCUUCUUUUCCUCCUACCAAUGAAUCUAAAGCACCAUCAUCCAUAA